GGGGCUUUGUCCUCGAUUUAGAAAGAGAGGGUCAAAAUUACAAAAAACAAAAUACUCAAGGUUAAUAAAUUACAAAAAAAAAAAUGGAUGUGCUCACAUUCGGAGUAAUAGUCGGAAUCAUAAUUCUCAUCUUCUGCCUCGUCUGCUUCAUCACCAUCGAAGGCACUUGCUGCAACAACCGCAACUCUUCUUAGUCUCCCCCCUCCCUAGCAUUUAGAUCAGAUGUCGUUCUCACCGAUAAGGCUCGUGGUUCUGUUUCUGGUUCUGGAUCUGUGCGUAAAAACCGGACUCUCUCACUCAACCCCGGCGCGUGAGGAUCACGUGCAUCAUCACGGAGGUGGGUGUAGUCAUUCGCAUGAUCAUGAUCAUCAUGAGGAGGCGGUGAAGAUGAAGUUGCCGGAGGAGUUGGCUGAGGAGGAGGAUAUGAGGUUGUGUGGGUUUGGGCCUUGUGUUCAUCAUGUUCAUGAUGAUCAUGAGUCAAGUUCUAAUCUUUCUGGAUUUGCGUUGUGGGUUAAUGCGUUGGGAUGCUCUCUUUUGGUUAGCUUGGCGUCACUCAUUUGUCUGAUUUUGCUCCCUGUUAUGUUCGUUCAAGGGAAGCCUGCUAAAUGGUUUGUUGAUGCAUUGGCUCUCUUUGGGGCAGGAGCUAUGUUGGGGGAUGCUUUUCUUCACCAAUUACCCCAUGCUUUCGGUGGUGGUCACUCUCAUGAUUAUGAGAGCCAUGGCCAUCAUGAUCAUGAUCAUUCUCACUCUCAUUCGGAUUCGCCUUCACAUUCACAUUCUAUACAAGACCUGUCUGUUGGAUUGUCCGUUCUUGCUGGGAUUGUGGUCUUCCUUCUUGUGGAGAAGUUGGUGCGGUAUGUUGAAGAAAACUCGUCUGGAUCCAAUACGUGGGGCCACCAUCACCACCACCAUGCAGGCAGUAAGAAACUGAAGAAUGAGGACGAUCAUAACAACACGGACAAACAAUGCCCCUCUGAUGCAACUGAAAAUUCAUCAGAGAAAAUCUCUAAAGAUAAAUCUCUCCGUAAGAGAAAGAAUUCUGCUAGCGACGCUGUUAAUAAAUCAAACUCAGGCGCAGAAGUUAUUUCCGAUGGAAAAAUGGACGAACCUGAACAGGUGGAGAAGAACUCAAGCCUAGUAUUCGGUUACCUCAACUUGUUCUCUGAUGGUGUUCACAACUUUACUGAUGGAAUGGCGUUAGGAAGUGCGUUUCUCAUCUACGGAUCAGUUGGUGGAUGGUCCAGAACCAUGUUCUUACUUGCGCACGAGCUUCCCCAAGAGAUAGGUGAUUUUGGGAUUCUAGUGAGGUCAGGCUUCACUGUAUCAAAAGCACUAUUCUUCAACUUCCUCUCUGCACUCGUUGCACUUGCAGGAACUUCAUUGGUUUUGGUAUGGGGAAAUGAACCGGGACAAUCUUCGUUGAUUGAGGGAUUCACAGCGGGAGGAUUCAUAUACAUAGCAGUUGCAGGUGUUCUUGCGGAGAUGAACAACUCUGGAAAAUCGACACUUAAAAACAGUGUGUUGCAUUUGAUAUCUUUGAUGCUUGGCAUGAGUGUUGCUCUUGUCAUCUCUCUUCUUGAAUGAUCAAUUGCUUUGUAGCCGGAUACAUAGAGACAUGUCCCAAGCUGGGUUGCAGGAAUAUUUAUCUUCUACACUUAUGGCUAAUUUUCUGUAGCCAGGUAUACAUUGUCUAUUUAUUGC